GUGCGUGCGCGCGCCGCGCCGUACCCGCCCGGCCUUCCCCGGGCGGCUCUUGACGCGUGCGCGGUUUCGCUGUCUUCCCCGGGCCGGAGCGGCGGCGUUGGUAGUGGUGGUGGUGGCGGCGGCGGCGGCGGCAGCGGUAGCGGCGGCGGCGGCGUUGAGCGGAGGAAGAUGGCGGCUCCGGGGAGUUCGGGGACUCGGCAGCCUUGAGGAAACGGCAGCGGGAGAAGCCCGGCCCAAAGGCCCGGCGCAGCGCGGCGCCCUCCUCCCCACUGCCCUCCCCUGGUCCGUCAGUCCGUCCGUCCGUCCGUGCGGCAGCGGCCGCGGAGCGAAGGCGAGAGCGGGUGGUGGCCAGGCCAGCCAUCAAGGGGAAUGCCAUGGCCAGUUCCUCGGACAGUGAGGAUGACAGCUUCAUGGCCGUGGACCAAGAAGAAGCUGGGGUGGAGGGGACAAUGGAGCAAGAUGAGGAACCCCGCCCAGAACUGGAGAUUGAGGAGACAAGACAUAACAGGUCUAUGUCUGAGCUGCCCGAAGAGGUCCUGGAAUAUAUCCUGUCUUUUCUCUCACCAUAUCAGGAGCAUAAAACCUCAGCCCUUGUCUGCAAACAAUGGUACCGACUUAUCAAAGGUGUGGCCCACCAAUGUUAUCAUGGCUUUAUUAAGGCUGUCCAGGAAGGAAACAUUCAGUGGGAGAGUCGAACGUAUCCCUACCCUGGAACCCCGAUCACUCAGCGGUUCUCACAUAGUGCAUGUUACUAUGAUGCUAAUCAGUCCAUGUAUGUCUUUGGAGGCUGCACCCAGAGCAGCUGCAAUGCUGCCUUCAAUGACCUCUGGAGACUUGAUCUCAAUAGUAAAGAGUGGAUCCGACCUCUGGCUUCAGGUUCUUAUCCCUCCCCUAAAGCUGGAGCUACUCUAGUGGUGUACAAGGACUUGCUUGUGUUGUUUGGGGGCUGGACACGGCCGAGCCCUUACCCUCUGCACCAACCUGAGAGGUUCUUCGAUGAAAUACACACUUACUCACCCUCUAAAAAUUGGUGGAAUUGCAUAGUAACGACGCAUGGACCACCACCUAUGGCAGGCCACUCCUCUUGUGUGAUAGAGGACAAGAUGAUUGUCUUUGGUGGUUCCUUAGGAUCCCGGCAAAUGAGCAAUGAUGUCUGGGUCCUCGACCUUGAGCAGUGGGCCUGGUCCAAACCUAAUGUCUCUGGCCCCAGCCCUCACCCUCGAGGCGGCCAGUCUCAGAUUGUCAUAGAUGAUGAAACUAUCCUGAUCCUUGGAGGAUGUGGUGGCCCCAAUGCACUGUUUAAGGAUGCUUGGUUACUGCACAUGCACUCCAGCCCCUGGACCUGGCAGCCCCUCAGGGUAGAGAAUGAAGACCAUGGAGCCCCAGAGCUGUGGUGCCACCCAGCCUGCCGGGUGGGCCAGUGUGUAGUGGUUUUCAGCCAGGCUCCCAGUGGAAGAGCACCCCUCAGCCCAAGUCUGAACUCUCGCCCAUCUCCUAUCAGUGCCACUCCACCAGCUCUGGUACCUGAAACCCGAGAAUAUCGUUCCCAGUCUCCAGUAAGGAAUAUGGAUGAAGCACCUUGUGUCAAUGGUCGUUGGGGAACCUUACGCCCCAGGGCACCGAGGCAGACCCCAUCAGGAUCCCGAGAAGGGAGCCUUUCCCCUGCCAGGGGCGAUGGCUCACCUGUCCUCAAUGGUGGAAAUUUAUCCCCAGGAGCAGCAGCAGUUGGUGGGGCCUCACUGGACAGCCCUGUUCAGGCAGUCUCUCCAAGUACCCCAUCAUCAGCUGAGGGCUAUGACCUAAAGAUGGGGCUUUCUCUGGCUCCCCGACGAGGGUCCCUGCCAGAUCAGAAAGACCUAAGAUUGGGAUCGAUGGAUUUGAAUUGGGAUCUAAAACCUGCUUCCAGCAGUAGUCAGAUGGAUGGCAUGGAUGCCAGGACAGUCGGGGGGAGUGUGAGGAAUCCUCCAGAGCAGACGAACGGAGUCCACACACCUCCUCACAUGGCCAGUGCUCUCACGGGAGCUGUGUCUCCAGGUGCUCUCCGGCGGAGCCUGGAAGCAGUCAAAGCCCUUUCCUCUAAGGGCCCACCUACCCCUGCAGCACUGAGUCCCCCACUGGUGUCUUCCCCAGGCUCCCCAGGGAGCCAGAGCAUGAGCAGCGUCGAGACGGUGCCCAUCCCGCGCCCAGGGCCUGCCCAGGGUGACGGGCACUCCUUACCUCCCAUCGCCCGGCGCUUGGGCCACCAUCCACCACAGUCUCUGAACGUUGGCAAGCCCUUGUACCAGAGUAUGAACUGCAAGCCCAUGCAGAUGUAUGUGUUAGACAUUAAAGACACUAAGGAGAAAGGGCGCGUCAAAUGGAAAGUGUUUAACAGCAGUUCUGUGGUUGGCCCACCUGAGACCAGUCUGCACACAGUGGUGCAAGGCAGGGGGGAACUCAUCAUUUUUGGUGGCCUCAUGGACAAGAAACAGAAUGUGAAGUACUAUCCCAAAACAAAUGCCUUGUACUUUGUGCGAGCAAAAAGAUAAUAUGGCAAAAACUUGGUUCCAAACCUUUUUCCUUUCUGUGGCUUUUUAAUUUUGAAUUUUACACUGUCAUGCAGGCAUUCAAACUGUGAAUUGGGCAAACAAAGAAUUAAAUAGCCCCACAAACCAAAACCCCAAUUCCCAAUCUAAUGCUCGCUCUGGGCUAGGGUCAGAUCCCCAUUUAAAAAAGAAAUUAUAUAAAAUAUCUAUAUCUAUAUCUAUAUCUAUAUUCUAUAGCCAACUCUGUUUACAAAAGGGGAGAAAUCUCCGUGCUGGUUCAGAUAAACUGGUUGCUGUGUUUUA